GGUAAUUUUAAGGCAAGCCGGAACACAGAGUGAGUCGCCAUGGCGGCAGGAGUGGCUGCAUGGCUUCCCUUUGCACGGGCAGCAGCUAUUGGCUGGAUGCCUGUGGCCAACUGCCCCAUGCCCAUUGCUCCUAGAGACCACAGAAAGAGACAUGACGAGCUGAUCAUCCUGAACGUGAGUGGACGACGCUUCCAGACCUGGAGGACCACACUGGACCGCUACCCAGACACCCUGCUGGGAAGCUCAGAGAAACAGUUUUUUUACGAUGAGGAGACAAAGGAGUAUUUCUUCGACCGGGACCCAGACUCCUUCCGCAGCAUUCUCAACUUCUACCGGACGGGAAAGUUGCACUAUCCUCGCUACGAGUGCAUCUCGGCCUAUGACGAAGAGCUAACUUUCUUCGGCAUCAUUCCGGAGAUCAUCGGCGACUGCUGCUACGAAGAGUACAAGGACCGGAAGCGGGAGAACGCGGAGCGUCUCCAGGAUGACCAGGAUGACAACAAGGACUGCAAGCUGCCCAACAUGACAUACAGAGAGACCAUGUGGAGGGCCUUUGAGAACCCUCACACCUCCACCAUGGCCCUUGUGUUCUACUAUGUCACCGGCUUCUUCAUCGCCAUCUCAGUCCUCACCAACGUGAUAGAGACGGUACCUUGUGGUGCCACGCCUUCACAGAAGGAUAUGCCGUGUGGCGAGCGCUAUACCAUCGCCUUCUUCUGCAUGGACACAGCCUGCGUCCUCAUCUUCACCGUGGAGUACCUCAUGAGACUGUUCGCCGCGCCCAGCCGCUACCAAUUUAUGCGCAGUGUGAUGAGCAUCAUAGACGUGGUAGCCAUCUUUCCCUACUACAUCGGCCUGGUGAUGACAGACAAUGAGGAUGUGAGCGGGGCCUUCGUCACGCUCAGAGUGUUCCGUGUGUUCCGCAUCUUCAAGUUCUCCCGCCACUCGCAGGGCCUCAGGAUCCUGGGGUACACGCUGAAGAGCUGCGCCUCCGAGCUGGGCUUCCUCCUCUUCUCCCUCACCAUGGCCAUCAUCAUCUUUGCCACGGUCAUGUUCUACGCAGAGAAGGGGUCGUCGUCGACCAAGUUCACCAGCAUUCCAGCCUCCUUCUGGUACACCAUUGUCACAAUGACCACGUUGGGGUAA